UUUUAUUAUUAUUUUUUCUUUUUUCCUUCCUUAUUUCGUGAUCGAAACCAUUUUGAAAACAGGAAAAGUCUCAUUCAAAAGUCACGGAUUUUGCAAACCAUUUGCAGAUCAAAAGCUCAAAAGCUCAAAAGCUCUCUGGUAAAGUGUAAAGCAGAUAGCUUUGCAUUGCAUUGCAUUCACAGUUUCACACAAAACCCAUUACUUGUUAUCCAAAAUCACCUACUAUGCUCUGCUGAAUUUGGUCGAGAAUCACGGGCACCAUUAAAGCCCCAAACAUCCGCUUCAGGGUUUCUGAACCCUUAAAAGAAAAGAGCUUCCUUUGCUUGGUUUCAAGUUUGAAGUUUGAACAUGGCUGCCAAAGAGUCGAGCUCUGCUUCUUCAACGGAUGCUAAAAUCAAAAGGGUGCUCACCCAUGGUGGUCGAUACGCGCAGUACAAUGUGUUUGGGAACUUGUUUGAGGUCUCUAGCAAGUACGUGCCUCCCAUUAGGCCUAUUGGUAGAGGUGCAUAUGGCAUUGUCUGUGCGGCUGUCAAUGCAGACACACAUGAGGAAGUUGCAAUUAAGAAGAUUGGUAAUGCAUUUGACAAUAUAAUAGAUGCCAAAAGGACCUUAAGAGAAAUCAAGCUUCUUUGCCACAUGGACCAUGAAAAUGUUAUUUCCAUCAAGGACAUUGUACGACCACCAAAAAAAGAGACCUUCAAUGACGUAUACAUUGUUUAUGAACUAAUGGAUACCGAUCUUCAUCAGAUCAUUCGGUCUGACCAACCACUAACAGAUGAUCAUUGUCAGUACUUUCUGUAUCAGCUGUUACGAGGACUAAAAUAUGUGCAUUCAGCCCAUGUCUUGCACCGUGAUCUGAAGCCAAGUAAUUUGUUUCUUAAUGCUAACUGCGACCUUAAAAUCGGAGAUUUUGGACUAGCAAGAACAACAACUGAGACAGAUUUCAUGACUGAGUAUGUUGUCACUCGUUGGUAUCGAGCACCAGAGUUGCUACUUAAUUGUUCAGAGUACACUGCUGCAAUUGAUAUCUGGUCUGUUGGUUGCAUACUUGGCGAAAUCAUGACCAGAGAACCUUUGUUUCCUGGGAAAGAUUAUGUCCAUCAGCUGAGGCUUAUCACAGAGUUAAUAGGUUCACCUGAUGAUGCUAGCCUUGGGUUUCUUCGAAGCGAUAAUACCCGAAGAUAUGUAAAACAGCUUCCACAAUUCCAGAGGCAACAAUUUGCUGCUAGAUUCCCUAAUAUGUCUCCUGGGGCUGUGGAUUUGCUAGAGAAAAUGCUUGUGUUUGAUCCCAAUAGACGCAUUAGUGUUGACGAGGCACUUUCUCACCCAUACUUGUCGUCCCUUCAUGAUAACAAUGAUGAGCCCGUCUGUUCCAGGCCCUUCCAUUUUGAUUUUGAGCAACCAUCGUGCACUGAAGAUCAUAUCAAAGAGCUCAUCUGGAGAGAAACAGUGAAGUUCAAUCCAGAUCCAACCCACUAAAGGAAAAUGCGUUUGCUUCGGCUGUAGAUAUAUAUGUAUUAUGAAGAACUUCCCCCCUUGUAACAAAUGUAUCAUCAAUCACCACUCUCCUGUAACCACUCUCCUGUAACUGAUGUGCGAAUGGUUGUUAUUUGUUAAGGCUUCAAAGCAAUAUUGAAGUGAGGUUGGGGAAAAUGAUUUAGAGCUUGGCACAAAAAUUCUGGAUGUUGUACUGACUUGGUUAUGAAAUUUUUCUAUUCGCAUCAUAUAAAAUCAAUAGAUUUGAAGA